UCAAAAAAACUUGUACACGAUUUAUCGUGGACACAUUUUUUCCAAUUUCAAUCAUAUUGUUAUUUUUAAUAAUAUUAUAAAUAAAUAAAUAAUCUUCCCUAUAUUUAUAAAAUAACGUGCAUAAAAUAAACAUUAAAAAUGAGUACUAUACUAGAGAAAAUAGCCGCUAUUGAGGCUGAGAUGGCCCGGACACAAAAAAAUAAAGCAACAGCGCUUCAUUUGGGUAUAUUGAAAGCGAGGUUAGCAAAACUCAGACGAGAACUUAUAACUCCUAAAGGCGGCGGCGCUGCUACCGGCGAAGGAUUUGAUGUUGCCAAAACUGGGGAUGCUAGAAUUGGCUUUGUUGGUUUCCCCUCAGUUGGCAAGUCUACCUUGCUAUCUAAUUUGGCAGGGGUAUAUUCUGAGGUGGCAGCAUAUGAGUUCACAACUCUGACUACUGUACCAGGCUGUAUUAAAUAUAAAGGUGCUAAAAUUCAGCUUCUGGAUUUGCCUGGAAUCAUCGAGGGUGCUAAGGAUGGCAAAGGUAGAGGUCGUCAAGUAAUUGCCGUGGCUCGAACCUGUAGUCUCGUAUUUAUUGUAUUAGAUGUAUUGAAACCGCUACAACACAAAAAACUAUUGGAGCAUGAGUUGGAAGGUUUCGGCUUGCGGUUAAACAAACAACCACCCAAUAUACACUUUAGGAAAAAAGACAAAGGUGGAAUUAACUUGAAUACCACAUGUACACAAACAGAAUUGGACCUCGAGGCAGUAAAGACUAUUCUUUCGGAAUAUAAAAUUCAUAAUGCCGACAUAACACUCCGAUAUGAUGCUACCAGCGACGACCUGAUCGAUGUCAUUGAAGGCAACCGGAUAUAUGUACCUUGUAUUUAUCUGCUGAACAAAAUCGAUCAAAUCAGCAUAGAAGAAUUAGAUGUUAUCUAUAAAAUACCUCACUGUGUCCCAAUAUCGGCUCAUCACAAAUGGAAUUUCGAUGACCUUCUAGAAAAAAUGUGGGAAUACCUAAAACUCAUUAGAAUAUACACCAAGCCUAAAGGUCAACUACCUGACUACAAUGCCCCCGUGGUGCUGCACGCUGACAGAACUAGCAUCGAGGACUUUUGUAAUAAACUUCAUAGAUCUAUUGUGAAGGAAUUUAAAUAUGCAUUGGUUUGGGGAUCGUCUGUGAAGCACCAGCCUCAAAAAGUGGGUAUUGAACAUGUGUUGGCUGAUGAAGAUGUCGUCCAAAUUGUUAAGAAAGUCUAAAGUCAUUAUCAUAAGUUCAUUGAAGACUAUCUUGUGAUUCUAAAUUACCUAUUCACACGGCAUUGUAUAAGCCAAAAUGAUUAUUUGACACAAAUAAGAUGUGUUGCCAACGUAAUACAUACUAGAAAUAACAAACUUCAUAUAUUUAUAAAUAUAAUUUUUACUUCUGAAAUGAUUCAAUGUUGUUUUGCCAUAUCAGCAGGCUAAGGUCUUUAGACCAUACAGCCAGUUCGUUAGUUUAUUUUUGUUUUGGCAUAACACUGAAAUCAGAUUUAAGAAUUAUUAUGAUUUACUUCAUACAAAUGUUUUUGAAAAGUUACGAAUUGAUAACUGUAGACCAAUUUCGCGCGUCGACAUUUCCUGAGAUGCGAGAAAAACUAGAUAUUUGCAGUAGAAAUUUACAGAGGACAAGUUUUGACAAGUUUAUUUAUUUCGCAUAUUUAUAAAUAUGAAAAAUAAAAUCUUUUUAUGUUUACGAGUAUAAAAAAAAGUACAGAAUGAUGACUAAGAAACUCUUAUAUAAUGCCGUGCAUACAUAGGUUCUAAUAACAGUAUCUUAUAAUGCUUGACUACCUGAAAAGUAUUUUUCUCUAACUGUAAUCGAUUCUAAUGACUUCCGUUUGUUCUAACGCUUUAAAUAUCGAAUUUAUUGCAUUUAACAAAUGAACCUAGAAUAAAUCGAAUAGAUGUUAAUUUCUUCUUAUGUAGCAUAAAUACAGAGUAAUCAUCAUGGUAAACGAAUUCAAAUGAUAGUGCUAAUUCGAAUAUGACAAUAUUAAAGAUUCGAAGUAGUUUACCUAAAUUUGAAUCUGACGAUUCACACUUAACUAGAAAGAAGAUAACAAUCUGUGCUUAACUUCUACCACCUCUAAACAAAUAAAUAAAAUUGAAGUGUUUGUAAUUUCAAAUUAACAGGUUUUUACUAGAUGCAUAUGAAACUAUAUGUACGUUUUUGUUAAUCUCUGAAAAAGAUGGACUGAUUUUUACGGGCUUUCACUCACAGAUGAUUAUUGUUAUGAAGAGUUAUUUAGGUUACUUUUAUUUUUCAAAUUUAUUUAUUUAAAGAAACAAAAAAUUCACGCGGAUCAUGUCACGAGUAAAAAGUAAAGUAAAUCUUUACACUUCUAUUAAAAUAUAUCGUUAGAAUAAUGAUAUUCUUUAUCGAUUGAUAUUAAAUCAAUUGUAAAUACUUUUUACGAUUCUCUACCGAAACCAAAAUAAACCCGAAUUGAGUUUUAGGACAGAUAAUACGAUAUACUGUAUAAUCACUUCAUAAAUACAAAGUAAAAAAAAAAUCUAUCUAUCCGUAUUUUAUUUUAUUAAUCUAAUUUAGUUUUUAAGUGUAAAUGUUUUACGUUCAAAAUAAUUUAAAAAUCUUUUCAGGUAAUCAAAUUGUUGUUAUUGUCAAAAACAUAAAAUGUAUGUUUUAAAUAAAUGCAUUAAUUCACUGUGGUAAUCUACAGAUUACACCAACUUUAAGCGUAAUGUUACAAUGUAUUUUUUUACUCAAAUGGUCUGGUUGGAUUUAUCUGCGUUAAACGGUAGACCAAAAUUAAGUCCAGUAGUCUAAGAAACUAUGUAUUUGAGCAACAAUUACCGUGGCGUUUUUGACUUUUGCCCACUCGGAUAGUAUUAUAUAAUAUCAUAAAGUGAUAUUUAUGGUUAUGUUUUUAAUACCAAAAAAAAGUACUGUAACCCUUAUGUCAAGAACGCCAUCUUACAGAGCCGACAGAUUAACUAUGGAUACAGUUUUUAAGUAUACUAUGGUUGAAUGCACAUUGGGAUGUUUUAGUCUUGUACAGAAUGCUCA